AUGGAUAUGUCUGAUGCGGUCAUAGUAAAUUCGAGCAGAUUGAAAUCUAUUGUCUGGAACGACUUCGAUAGGGUGAAAAAGGGUGACACCUUUGUGGCCAUUUGUAGGCAUUGUAAGAAGAAACUUAGCGGAUCAAGUACUCGUGGAACCUCGCAUCUGAGGAACCAUUUAAUUAGGUGUCAAAGAAGAUCCAAUCAUGGCGCAGCUCAAUACUUUUCUGCUAAAGAGAAGAAAAAGGAAGGUUCUCUUGCCCUUGUAACUAUUGAUCAAGAGCAGAAGAAGGAUGAAGUCCUUAGUAUUGUAAAUCUGAGAUAUGAACAAGAACGGAUUAAAAAUGAGCAUGUUAGCAUUGGUAGUAAUAGCUUGGAUCAAAGGCGGAGCCAAUUUGAUCUUGCCCGCAUGAUCAUAUUGCAUAACUAUCCAUUGGCUAUGGUAGAGCAUGCGGGGCUCAAGAUAUUUGUCAGGAAUCUACAACCCUUGUUUGAACUUGUGACAUGUAAUAAAGUUGAAGCUGAUUGCAUAGAAAUCUAUGUGAAGGAGAAGCAAAAGGUGUAUGAAAUUUUUGAUAAGUUACCUGGAAAAAUUAGUGUAUCUGCUGAUAUGUGGACUGCUUCAGAUGGUGCUGCUUCGUACCUGUGUUUGGCAGCACACUAUAUUGAUGGGGAUUGGCAGUUAAAAAAGAAGAUUUUAAAUUUUGUUACCAUUGAUCCCUCUUAUACAGAAGACAUGCACUCAGAAGUUAUAAUGAAUUGUCUAAUGGAGUGGGAUAUAGAUCGGAAGUUGUUUUCUAUGAUAUUUGAUAGUUUUUUGCCAGUGAAAACAUUGUUGACAGAAUCAGAGAUCGGCUGUCGCAAAAUAGAUCUUCUCAACCACAUGGCUCAUGAUGUCAUGGAAGCGAUCUGUGAAGUUACCCAGAAAAUAAGGGGAAGUGUUUGCUAUGUUAAAAGCUCAGAAGAAACACAAGCGACAUUCAAUGUGCUGGCUGACGAAGUUCAGGCUGAAACUAAAAAAUGUUUAUGUAUUGAUAACCCGCUGAAAUGGAACUCGACAUAUUUUAUGCUUGAAGCUUCCUUAGAAUACAGGAAAGUUUUCUCUUGUCUACGUGAUCGUGACCCUGUCAACAGGAAGUUUCUCCUAUCUGAUUUAGAAUGGGAUAGACUGAGUACCAUUACUAGCUUCUUGAAGCUGUUUGUUGAAGUUACUAAUGUUUUUACGAGAAGCAAGUAUCCAACUGCGUAUUUUUCCCCGAGAUCUGUGAUAUUCAUUUUAAGUUGA